AAGAGCACCCCCAGGAGCAUAACAAACAAGAACAGAGGACAUAGAAAAGGUGUUGGGCAUCACAUUUUUAUUGUUUUCGGUCUGUAUUUGUAUAGUACUUUCACGGGCUUUUUACCUGUGAUAAUACUUCCAUUAAUUUCAAAGUUUUAAGUCCCAAUAUGUUUUAUGUCGUGUUAUAGUGGUGAUAACCUAGUCCGAGAAUAUACGUCUCUUGCCACUUGAAGAGUUGUAAAGAUGUCCUGGAUAACUGACCUGGCAGGUCGAGCUGAGAACCUACUUAAUAAACUGGACAGUGAGGCUGCCACAGUGCUCAGUAACGAAAGAAGAAGUUCAGUAACAAUGAAGUCAUCAUUUAAGUACGAUGCAGCCAGUUCCACCCCACCUCCAACUAAGCAUGAAAGAUCAGGGUUACACAGCUCAUCCAGUGUACCAUCCAACUUGAGUAGUUAUGGAAUUAGUGGGCCUUCAACUUCAGCUCAAGGGACUAAACUCCAAACAGGACAAGGAACCUCCCUUACUUCCUCCCCAAAAGCAACAGUAAAAAAGAAUAAUUCCAAGAAAAAGGACAACAACAAAGAAGAAGAAUUGAUGGAUUUCCUUAAUAGUCCCAUACAACAGGAGAAUCAGCAGCAAACUACCAUGACUACUCAGCAGUCUGAUCCUAUGGUUUCCUCCACCACCAUGACCAUCUCCACCCUCAGCAGUCUGGGACAUUCCCGUCAGUCAUCUGUGUCAUCUGCAUCUUCAUUAAUGGCCCUCAGUGGACGUGAGACACCAGGCUCUGCUACAAUUGACAUUGAGAGUGGUAGUUGUGGCUCAGGCAGUGGAGGAUCAGCCAACACUGAUGCCUAUGUGACAGUAGACACUCCCACUGAUGUAAAUAUUUCAGCCCCACCCAGUACUGAUGGCAGUACCAGCAGCAAUGGAAUUAUGACUGGCUCAAUAGAUAGUGAGACAAACUUGUUGCGGAAAGAAGUUUCAAGCCUUAACCAAGAGAUGAGUCAGGUUCUGCGACGAGCCAAGGAUGCAGAAAGAGAGGUGAAUCAUCUGAGGACACAAGUAUCAGGAAUGUCCAGUCAACAGUCGACCUUUGAUAGAAUAAUACGUGAAGUGCAGCAAAGGGAAAUGGAUCUUCAGGAAUCACUACGAGCCAAAGAUAGCCAACUUGCAGUACUACGAGUUCGCUUACAGGAAGCAGAUCAGAAUCUAGAAACAAGAGAUGCUGCUUUAAAAGAAAUGCAGGCUGAAAAUAAAAGAUUAUUAGAAGGUGCAAAUGAAAGUAGUGGACUACACAACCAUGCCCUGCAAACCCUCCAGGACCGACUCACAGAAACUCAAGGCAUACUUGAUCGUGAGAGGCAACAACACUCCUCAGCUUAUGGUGAACUUACCAAGAGAAUCAAUCAGUUAGAAGAGGAGCAGCAGGGAGUAGCCAUAGCACUGUCUGAGGCACAACGUAAGCUUGAAGAUGAAAAAAGCAGAACACAUCAGCUUAUGCUGCAGGUUAGUUCUUUACGAGGUGACCUGGUAACUUCAAGAGAAGAGCUGACAGAAUACAAAGCUAAAGCUGGUAGAAUCCUACAGAGUAAAGAAAAGCUGAUUGCAACUUUAAAAGAUCGAGAUGGAGGUGUUGAAGGCUCCAGUGGUGGAUAUUUAGAGAUUCAUGAAGCAGAAUUGCACCAGAUAAGAGCUGAACGUGACCUUUUACGGGAAGAGUUGGAGGGUGCAGGAUCACAUGUGAGGCAGCUAAUGACAGAAAUCUCUGACAUGGAUGCUGCUGCACAAGACCAGGCAACACUUGCAUCUCAGAAUGCCCUAUCACUGGAAGAGUCCUUAGCAGAGGAACGAAAAAGGAGGAUGGAGGUGGAGUCUGAAUUAAGACAGAUACAGGAGGAAUUACGUUGUGCUCAUGAGGAACUAACAAGACAGAAAGUUCAUCUUUCCUCACGGUUACAAGAACGUGACACUGAAAUAGACCGACUCAGAAAGCAAGUGGCUCACAAACAGAGUUCAUCUAGUAGUCAAGGAGAAUUGGAACAGCGUGUCCAUGGUCUUACAGAGUCUCUAAUCCAUAAGCAGAACAGCAUAGAAACUCUUAGCACUGAAAAACACUCGUUAAUCAUCCAAAUGGAACGUCUUCAGCAACAGUACCAAGAAUCCCAAAAGAUGCUGAAUCGAGAUCCUCCUACACUGUAUCGGCAAGAUGAUGUAAGAAACCGUGUACCAAGUUUUCUUGUUGAAUCUCCAUUUGAUGGGGGUGUAACUCGACAGGUGAAGCGUGCUUACUCUACCUUGGAUAAGUUUUCUGUUAGAUUGGGAGUAUUCCUUAGACGUUACCCUAUUGCUAGAGUUUUUGUCAUUGUAUACAUGUGCCUUUUGCAUGUAUGGGUGAUGAUUGUUCUUCUCACAUAUACACCAGAAAUACAUGGGCCAGAUUAUCAUCAUCCAGUUGGCACUGUGCCUCACAUAUAGUGAGUGUCAUAUCAAACACUCCCAUCACACAUCUUCAGCUGCAUUAUCAUCAUAUAUUCAUUAUUUUAUAUAACCUCUACUUUGAUGGUACUCCACAUUUUGGCUUUGUUAAGCUGUUUGCAGAACUAUGGAAUUGUUGUUACCUGUUAUAAAUAGUCUCGUAUGUCAGGUAUUAUUGUGUCUCCUUUAUGAACUUGUGUUUUAGUGAUUCCAGGUAACUUGUUUGCUUUGGCUCCUACCUAUUCCAAUACCACCAUGACCUACUGCCAUAGCUAUAGAAUGGUUAUCACAUAUACAAUACUUUAAUUUGAUAUGACAUUUCUGUGCUGCAUUAUUAAAUUUUGUGCCUCCUUUGAAAA